UCACUUGCUUCUUUUCGAAACCGUAUUAGGGUUACGGCGAUUUGGUACGCUCAUCCUUCUCUGUUAUCAAUCAUCUCCAGAUUGAGAAUGCCUCGCUUUGAUGAUCGAUAUGGAAACACUCGCCUUUACGUUGGUCGCUUGUCAUCUAGAACUCGUUCCAGAGACCUUGAGCGUCUUUUCAGCAGAUACGGAAGGUUUCUGGGUGUUUGCCUAACCUGGAGAUGAGUGUACUGUGGACUUGGUGUAAUUGGUGGAUAUUCUCUCUCUCCUGGUGUGGUGUAUAGAGGGGUGCAUUGGAGAUUUUGUUGGUUGAUUUAUUGCAUAUUUUACUUGGCCACAAAAUCUCAAAAUGGUGUUUUGGUGUACGGAAGUUCCUUAUAUAAUGAUGGGGCCUUGAUUUUCUGGUUCCGCAGAGUACGAGAUGUUGAUAUGAAGCGCGAUUACGCCUUUGUUGAAUUUAGUGAUCCUCGUGAUGCUGAUGAUGCUAGACACUACCUUGAUGGACGAGACUUCGAUGGAAGUCGCAUCACUGUGGAGGCUUCCAGAGGGGCACCUCGUGGUUCUCGGGACUCUCGGGAUAAUGGUAGUAGAGGUCCACCUCCUGGUUCUGGGCGCUGUUUUAACUGCGGUGUCGAUGGUCAUUGGGCUCGGGACUGCACAGCUGGAGACUGGAAGAACAAAUGUUACCGCUGUGGUGAAAGAGGACACAUUGAGAGAAACUGCAAGAACAGUCCUAGUCCUAAGAAGGCCAGGGGUGGUGGAAGCUACUCCAGGUCACCAGUUAAAUCACGCUCCCCUCGCCGCAGAAGAAGCCCUAGCCGUAGCCGUAGUUACAGCCGUGGUCGUAGCUACAGCCGAUCACGGUCGCCAGUGAGAAGAGAGAGAAGCGUGGAGGAUAGAUCACUCAGUCCUAAGGCAAUGGAGCGAUCUGUAUCUCCCAGAGGCAAAGACCAAAGCAUGAGUCCAGAGCGAAGGGUCGUAGAUGCAAGCCCAAAACGGGAAAAGCAAGAAGGAUCAGACUAUGAAGGUAGCCCAAAAGAGAAUGGUAAUGGGAAGAGCUCUGUGAGUCCCAUUGUGGGAGGUGAAGAAAGUCCUGCUGGACUAGACAGGAGUCCCAUUGAUGAUGAGCCUGAGCUUAACCGUUCUUCCCCUAAAGGCAGCGAGUCACCUUGAUGUCUCAUUGCCCCAACAGGUUAAAGCUCAAUGCCAUAUAUGUUCCUUCCUUGACUUACUUUCUUUGUUGGUGUGUCAUCAGACAGCUUUCAAACUAUGUUAUCUUUCAUACAUUUGUUUUCAGCAACACAUUUAUUUGUCGUUGACUCCUGUAAGAAUAAAGCUUUGAGUGUUUAUGCUUCUUAUU